CCAACGGGGCAGCCGGGAGCGGGGCCCCUGUUCCCAGCUCCGGCCGCUCCCGACCGGAAGCGGAGCGGCGCGCGCCUCCGCAGUGCAGCGGCAGGAUCCGGCCGGGGGUCGCGGAGCCGGAGCCUCCGCCCCGGGCCGGCAUGGAGCGGAGCCACCUGGCCGGGAAAGCGGGGGCUGCGAGCGAGCGCCCGGCGGGACCGUGCGCCGGGGCCUGCGCCCCCCGUGUAACGCCGCCGCUCCCCGGUCUCCCCGCAGGCCGUGAGCAGCGCCCCGUCCUUGGCCACCCGGGGCGGAUCCGAGACCCGCCCGCGCAGCCGGGCGCGUCCUGCGGAGCCCUGCGGAGCCUCCCUCCGGGACUGGCCCUGGGGCCCUCCCUCGCCCAGGAACCGGGCAUGGGCGUCUGGUGCGUGGGGAGAGCCCUGCAGCCGGGAGCGCUCCUCGGGCCCCGGGCGGAGGAGGAGCUGGACUGUGCGGCAGAGACGGCGCCCUCGGAGGCAAUUCAGUCUAGCUGCUGCAGUGAUGAAUCCAUUUGUGAGAAGAGCCCUAGCUGGAGGAGAUUGGUGAAGCAAGGCCGGGGGGAGGAUGAGGCAAACGUGGCUUUGGUGUGGAUCAGUGGAAGGCUCCAAAUCCGAGUGCGGCAUCCUAUCGCUGCAGGCACCGAGUUGCUGUACUGGCCUACAGAGACCCAAGCUGAUCCUGCCCAAGUGGAGGGCAGAAUGCUGCAGAGUGCCUCAGAGGGGAUAGCUGUUUCGGAUGAGAAGAAGCCAAAGGGGCAGCUGGCAGUGGCAGCUGUGUCAGAGACAGCAACUCCAGAGGCUGUGGUGCAAAGGGAAGGAGCCUCCCCAUGCGGGAAUGCAUCAGAACCCUUUGCAGGGGAUCCUGAUAACUCCAAGGUGAUGGAGAAUGAAACUAGAGCCAAAGGCAGGAGGCAGCCAGCCAAACGUUCCCACAGGCUGCAAGACAACAGCAGGAAGGAGGAGGAAAGCAUGACCCCUAGACAUGAGUCUGGGGAAGCCAAGGUGCAGAGGAAAGAGAACCAGCACCAUGAGAGCACCUCAGCAGCUAAGACUAACAGCAGAUGCAAAGAGGACUCAGUCAAGGAGAUGGACCCCCAACCCAAGGCCGAGAGAGCAAAUGGGGAGCCAAAAGAGGCAUGUGGGAAGCUCCAUCUGCCAUUGUUUCCCCCGAACGGGGUUCGACUCAGCCCUCGCUUAGCUGGGAAGCCACGCAAGGUGCAUGCACUGACAGGUCAGUGCCUGCAGGAGCACAAUGCUAGGGUGUCUGGGCAGGAGGCCAAGAGGCCAAGCACUUCCGAGGGAGGUGGUGCAGAGACGCACAAGAAAGUAGGGCAAGUUUCCAAAGACCAUUCCAAACUGGAGCCCCUGGAGCAAAGGAAGAAGGGCCUGUCUGAUGGUCCUGAUGAGCCGGACAAGUACCCAGAGGUGGAGGCCAGUAUUGCACUGGAGGAGGAGUCUUCAGAGAGCCUGGGUGUAUCUCAGCAGAAGUCCCUGCCACACGGAGAUGAAGCUGGAGAGCGCAGGUAUCGCUGUGGGGAAUGCGGCAAGGCCUUCCUCCAGCUCUGCCACCUCAAGAAACACAGGUUCACCCACACUGGCUACAAGCCUUUCCUGUGCACUGAAUGUGGCAAGAGCUACAGCUCUGAGGAGAGUUUCAAGGCCCAUGUGCUCUUCCAUCGGGGUGUGCGCCCCUUCCAGUGCAAGCAGUGCGACAAGGCCUAUGGCACCAAGCGGGACCUGAGGGAGCACGAGGUGCUGCACACGGGCGAGCGGCCCUUUGCCUGCGAGGAGUGCGGCAAAACGUUCGCCCGCCGGCCCUCCCUCCGCAUCCACAGGAAGAUCCACCUCAUGAAGGAGCUCAACCUAGCCAACCCCAAGGUAUGCAAGUGUGCCAUCUGUGAGCGUUACCUGGCCAAUCCUGGUUCCCUGCGCAACCACAUGCGCCUGCACACUGGGGAGAAACCCUACAUCUGUCCCUACUGUGGCAAGGACUUCCGGCAGCAGGGCAACCUGCGCGGCCACCUGCGGCUCCACACCGGCGAGAAGCCCUAUAAGUGUCGUUUCUGUGGGGACGCCUUCCCCCAGCUGCCAGAGCUGCGGCGGCACCUCAUCUCACACACUGGGGAGGCCCACCUGUGCACAGUAUGUGGCAAGGCGCUGAAGGACCCCCACACACUGCGGGCUCAUGAGCGCCUCCAUACCGGCGAGCGCCCUUUCAAGUGCGAGCAGUGUGGCAAAGCCUACACGCUGGCCACCAAGCUGCGCCGGCACCAGAAAUCCCACCUGGAGGACAUGCCUUACAAGUGUGAUGUCUGUGGCAUGGGCUACACCCUCCUGCAGAGCCUCAAGCGCCACAAGGUCACCCACAAGGGGGCCAGAGACUCCAUUAAGCUGGUGGAGGCUGCGGUCUUGCUGGGCAUGGACGUGCCAAAGGCUGCAAGGAAGAGGGUCAAGAGGAAGGUCCCUCAGGAUGGAGGUACUGAGGAGUCUACGGUGCUCAUGGUGCAGUCAGUAGAGAUGCCAGCACCAAUAAAAGAGGCAGAGCUUAUGAUAACUGCUAACGGGCAUUACAUUGCCACUUACCAGCCUCCAGGGAGCCCCCCUGAGUCUGGGGUGCGCAGAGUGCUGGGCAACACAUCCCCUGCUGGUCACCUAGAAAUGAACAAUGACAUCAUUGAGAUCACGAUCUCUGAGCACGAGCACAAAUGUAUCAUCAUGCAGGAUGAAGGCUCCCCUAGUGACAUGGUCAUCAUCCAGGAGGGCGUGGGUUUUGGUACUGUAGCAGAGGUGGUGGAGGUAGAGACGGGGACCUGACACCCAGCCUCUUCCCAACCCAUGCCUGACCUGUUUGACUUCUCUACAUCUAUACAGAAUAUAAAAUCUAUUUUCUAA